CUCAGAAGUGUCUCGUAUUCCAAGCGAAGCGGAAGCAACAAAUCUCCCGAGAUGGAUUGGAUCAACAUAUUCGUUCCAGGUCUUGCUCUGCUAUUGAUUAAGAUGGCGCAUUGCCACCCGCAGUUUGAUAACAGAAAUCCCUGGUUGCGGCCCCAGCCACCAUUUCAACCUCCGACGCCUUCUGAUGCAGGCAGCACCACCCCGGCGAACACUGUUCAAGCAACCACCCAGUCGCCGCGCUACUUCGCCUGCUUCCAUUCGUGCCCGGCCACCAGCGAGUACAAUCCAAUCUGCGGCAGUGAUAACGUGAACUACUACAAUGAAAACAAGUUCAACUGCGCCUUGAACUGCGGCUUAGACAUCCGGAAGGUGCACGAGGGUAUUUGUUAGACUUAGUUCAAAUCACUUGACUUCAGUUCUUUUCUUCUUCUGAAUGUAAAUACGAACGUAUUGCAAAUACUCUAUUCGACGUCUGAUCGAUGACAUCAUGAAAUCGAAUAUAAAUACAUAUGUACAUACAUAAA